AUGCUCAUUGUGCGAAAUUCGCUAGGACGUUGGAACAUCGAGCACAGCUAUCGUCUACUAUGUUCCACGAGCGGGAUUGACGUCAUUGUUAUAGGCGGAGGUCAUGCUGGUUGUGAAGGAGCCGCUGCGGCAGCGAGAUGCGGCGCACGAACAGUACUUCUUACACAUAAUAAAAACACGAUUGGAGAGAUGAGCUGCAAUCCGAGUUUUGGCGGAAUCGGAAAAGGUCAUCUGAUUCGGGAAGUUGAUGCAUUGGAUGGUUUAUGCGGUCGCAUCUGUGAUAAGUCUGCCAUCACAUACCAAGCGUUAAAUUCCGGGCAAGGCCCUGCUGUCCUCGGCCUCCGUGCACAAAUCGAUCGCUCCCUUUACAAAACUCACAUGCAAGAGGAAAUUUCCAGUACAAAGAAUCUUGAAAUUAUUGAAGGCGGUGUCCAGAUGCUAACCGUUGAAAAUGGUAGCGAUAGACGAGUCACUGGUGUAGUGCUGGAGGAUGGCCGAAAGCUUGAGUAA